AGGAGGAGAUGCAGAGGCAGCCGAAGGCAGAAGACCAAGAGAUCCCCAUCGUCGGCACAGGGGAUGUUCAGGGCCUGGUCUCAGCCUCCCCGCCCCCCACCCUCACCCUGGAGAGUCUGAGCACUCUGCUGGGCGGGGCCCCCAGCCCUGUCUUCUCCCUGCCUCCAAGGCCUCCACCGCAGCCUGGAAGACUGCCCACACAGGACCCAGGAGAGCAGCGGUGCUGCCAGAUGCAGAAGGGGAGGCCUCAGCAGCCCACUGCCCCACUGACCCAGAGGGAGCCAGCAUCCGUCAAGGCCGUAGGAGCUGAGCAGGGCUCCCGCAGGCCCAGGGAGUUCAAGCGCCUUGCAGCUGCCAGCUCAGUGCAGUCAGGCUCCGGGUCUCAGAGCAGCUCUGCGGACGAGAACCUGCUGCCCCUGACAGCCCGGCUGCUGGCGGCCUUCCAGGAGAUCUUCAAACUGUUCAGCUCCAGCCCGACAGGCACUGUGGACAUGUGCAGCAUGAAAGCCGCCCUGCGCAAUGUGGGCAUCCAGCUGAGCCCACAGGAGAUGUGUGAGGCUCUGCAGCAGGCCGACUUGGAUGGUGACGGAACUGUAAGCUUCAAAGACUUCCUGGGUGUCCUUACUGACAGCCACCGCCUGGCUCAGUGCCUGGGCCAGGUGAGGAACAGCCGGUCCUGUGACCCCCAGGGCCUGCAAACCCUGUUCUUAGAGAUGCUGUUCAAGCUGAUGAGCCAAGGCUUCUUGUCCCACAAGGUGGUGCAGGAAGUGAUGAGCUACUACAAGAAGCAGCGGGCUCUGCGGCUGAACCCCGGCUGGAGGGGCCGGUCCCGCGGCCACAGUGACACCGUGCGCACUCACGCCGGCCUCACCUUCUUCUGCCAGGCCGCGCGCCUCAGCAGCCUCUCCAGCGCCGAGCUGGAGCGCUCGCUGCACAGACUGCACAAAGCGGGUGCGCACAGCCCCUACUCUCAGAUACCUAACUUGGCCGGGCGGACACCCGCAGAAGACCGGAUGCGGCCCCGAGCCCCGCGCCCCGACGUCCGACUUCCCAAGUCCUGCCACUCCAGCCGCCACAAGCUCGCGCCCACGCGGAGGUCUCUCAGCCCGGAGUUCGUGGGCCAGCCACUAGACUAUCUGCGCCCCGCGAAGAUGACUCCCUCCCCCCCAACUCUAGUGCAGAAGCAGCCCUUCUCCCCUUCGCCAGCCUGUUUGCAGAAACCUGCUAUGAAAAAGUAAAGCGUUUGCGGAGCAAAACAGGCUGCGUGUGGUGGGGCGGGCACAGAGCGGACGCGGAUCUUUUGCAAA